UUUAUUGAUAUUAAGUCGAACGUAGAAAAAAAGGCGGAGCGUUACUAAUAGCAACCUAAGUCUCGCCAAUAAGCGGCGCCAGACACGCACGCGCCGUGACGAUUGAUCGAGUCUGUUGGUUACUCGCAGUCCCAAUGUUACUGUUGCUGUUUAUCCACAAAGAUAGAAAUGGAUGGAGUCGCGUUAUCGUUUCUCCUCCUCUCGCUCCAUUUAUGCCUGGCUUACGAUGUUUUCUUAACUGGAAAUCACAAUAGAAUCGGAGGAUUGUUAUUCAAUACUAGUUGGAUAUCAGGUACGCAUUACGUAAUUGAUCGUAAACGUACGGAUUCGCACGUGGCUAGUUAUUUCGACUUAUCGAUCGGAGAUGGUGGACUUUACUUGAAACGAUCGGUAGCGUGUCGAUCCUCGUUGACUCUUUAUGUUAAAUCUCACGGAUUGAGGCAUCGUCCGGUCAUCGAGCAUGCCAGUUUACCCGUAAUAAUACGUUGCAUAGAUGAUGAUGAUGAUGAUGAUGAUGAUAAUAAUAAUAAUACCAACCGUUCCGAUGAUCGUCAUCUGUUGAUCAUAUCAAAUCACCCGAGAUGCCCGAAAAAGAGCCAGCUGUUGAUUGGAUUAAAGUCUCUACUUCCGUUAGAACUUCGCAGAUGUUCGAUCGCUUUCGAUCAACCUUCCGAUGAUCGUUACGCUAUAGAAAGAUCAACCGGAGAUUUGGUGGCUAAGAAAUCAUUCUGUACUUCAUCCGAGUUUUCUAUUAUGGUUAACGUCCGGGUUAAAUGCGAAAUAGAACAGAUACAACGCCUGGAAAUUGUAUUUUGUACCAAUUGUAACGAAAUUAAAUCGGGAAGAGGAAGAAGAGAAAUGAGAAACUGGCCUCCCUCUUUUGAUAAAGAUUUAUAUGUUGUUCGUGUACCGGAAGAAAAUGCUAUAGGUUAUCGUGUGAUAACACUAAACGCUACAGAUCCGGAAAGAGGUAGAGUUACAUUUUCUAUUCAUGCAACUGUAGAUUCACGAAGCCAGACAAUGUUCGAGGUCGAUUUAUUCUCCGGUGAGGUGAAAACUACUACAGUUUUAGAUAGGGAAUAUAUGGAUAUACAUUAUUUAAAAAUUAAAGCAGUCGACGAUGGGAUACCACCAGCUACAGCUACAACCACGUUAAAGGUUUACGUCGAAGACGUAAACGAUCACGUUCCGGUGUUCGAACAGGACGUAUAUUAUCCAAAAAUUAAAGAAAGUUCACCAAUCUGGACUACAGUUCUAACUGUUAGAGCCACGGAUCAAGAUUCUGGACUUAAUUCCGAAGUGGAGUAUAGUCUUAAGGACGACACGUCGCCUUUCAGAAUCGAUCCUUACAGUGGAGAUAUCACGAUUACGAGAAAGCUCGAUAGGGAAACGAUAUCGGAAUACCAGAUAGAAGUCGUUGCUACAGAUUCUGCAGAAGAUAUAACACGGAGAAGAACCGGAGAAGCUCAAGUUAUAAUCACCGUUGAAGACGAUAACGAUAAUUAUCCACAAUUUAGCGAAAGUAGUUACAAUGCAACUAUUAGAGAAGAUGUCGAUUCGAAGUUAUCGCCUGAUAUUUUACAGAUUCGAGCAAUCGAUGCGGAUGAAGGCGUUAACGCAGAAAUUAGAUAUGCGAUUAUCGGUGGAAAUACACAAAGCCAUUUUUAUUUAAAUCCGUCGAAUGGAAUUUUGACUGUGUCGUCUCAACUAGAUUACGAAAGUAUUCGUUCUUAUAAAUUACUAGUCAGAGCUCAAGAUAACGGUUCACCUCCACGAUCUAAUACUACUCAAAUAACUAUUAAUGUUAUCGAUGUAAACGAUAAUUCGCCACAGUUUUAUGCAGAUAUCAUAGAAGAAUCAUUAGCCGAAAAUGUUCCGAUCGGUCAUAAAGUGAUUUUAGUUCAAGCGUAUGAUCCAGACGACGGCAAAAAUGGUAACAUAGAAUAUAGUAUUCAGAGAAAAGAUCCACUAAUGCCCAUUGCUAUACAACCAUCGAGCGGAUGGAUAAUUACAUCAGGAAUUAUAGAUAGAGAAAUUACGUCUGUUUAUCGUUUUACUGUAAUAGCUACCGAUCAAGGUAUUCCGCCGAGAUUCUCUACUUGUAAUGUCACUAUUCGCAUUCAAGACGUAAACGAUAACGAUCCUGUAUUUAAUCCAAAAUUGUACGAAGUCAGCAUUAGCGAAUUAGAACCUCCAGGUUCUCACGUUGUGACAGUGAUCGCUCACGACGAAGAUGCCGACCAACGUUUAACGUACCACAUAUCUAGAGGUAAUACGAGAGAUCGUUUCUCGAUAACGAGUCGAGAAAAUGGUGGAAUUAUAAAUAUAGCCCAACCUUUAGACUUUGAUUUAGAAAGAAACUUUGCUCUAACUAUAACGGCUACCGAUAUAGGAGGACGAUCAGAUACGGCUACAGUUUAUAUUAAUAUUACGGAUGCAAAUACACACAGACCUAUAUUCGAAGGAUCACCCUAUAGUGCGAGUGUAUCCGAAGAUGCACCAACGGGUACCACAGUACUGAUUGUAGAAGCUUGGGAUGGAGACGAAGGCGAAAAUGCUAGAGUUACUUACACUAUGGAUCACGUCCCCGAAUUUUCAAUCGAUUCUUUAACAGGGGCCAUAAUAACGAUGAGAAAAUUAGAUAGAGAAUUGGUUCCAGCCUAUUCUCUAGUUGUUACAGCUAGAGAUCACGGAAUGCCAUCGCUGACAGAUACUACUAAUGUAGAAAUCGAAGUUUUGGACAUCAACGAUAAUCCGCCCAUUUUUACCGUUCCCAGAUACGUCACUAGUAUCAGCGAAGAUGUUCUGGUGGGUACGAGUGUGGUACAAGUUUCUGCACCCGAUCCAGAUAUUGGUCUUAAUGGCCAAGUUAGAUAUCAUUUAAAUUCUGAUCCGGAAAGUACUUUUAGUAUCGAUCCUACAGCCGGAGUCAUUCGAACCGAAAAACUUUUAGACAGGGAAUCUGUGGCUAUGUAUCAACUGGUAGUUCGCGCUAUGGAUAGAGGUUCUCCACCACUGUCUUCUACCGUAUCCGUUACUAUACAGGUUCAAGACGUUAACGACAAUCCUCCAAGUUUUAAUACAGAUAGAAUAACGUUAUUUGUAUCGGAAAAUACCAUUCAAGGAUCGGUUGUAGGAGAGAUCGAAGCGACGGAUCCAGACGAGGGGGCAAAUGCGGUCAUUUAUUAUAGAAUAGUAGACGGUCCAGACGGUCAUUUAUUUCAUCUCCUUCCUCAUCCUGGAAAAUCUGCCGAUCUGAUCUGUAAAACAGAUUUUGAUUACGAAUCGCCUAAAAAACGCUACAGUUUAGUCAUACGUGCUUCUUCACCUCCUCUUCGACAAGAUGUGGACGUAGACAUUUGGGUGACUGACGUUAACGACAAUGCUCCCGUACUUAAUGAUUUUCUUAUUGUAGCCAAUGUAUACGGGUCCUAUCUUCCUCGAGAAUCUUUAGGUCGUAUACCCGCUUUUGAUCCAGAUGUCGGUGAUGAGCUACAAUAUCGAUUGCUUUCGGGAAAUUCGAAAUACCUCGACGUAGAAGAAGGCACGGGAAUUAUUCACUUUCAUCCAAAUUUAAAUUUUCAAGAUGGUUUAAAAUUGGAUGCCGAACUCGAAAUUGGAGUAUUUGACGGAGUUAAUGAAGUAACAGCCACUUGUAGACUGUAUAUACGACAGAUUAGUGACGAAAUGCUGAAAAAUAGCGUUACUUUAAGAUUAAAAGAAGUAAACGAGAAGAUUUUCUUAUCAUCUGUGUACGAAUUGUUUAUAGAAGGAAUAGCAUCUACGGUUCCUUGUUCUAAAGAAAAUGUAGUUGUAUUUAAUAUAAAAGAUGAUACAGAAGUUAAAAACAGAAUACUCAACGUCACUUUUGCUGUUAAAGUCAGAGAUAAAGAAUAUCACGAAAGGAAAAAAUUAGAAUCUAUUAUAUAUCUACGACGUAAUUUUCUCUCCCAGUUAUUCAGAAAAGAGGUAUUACCGUUCGAAGAUGACUUAUGUGUCCACGAACCGUGUAUUAGUUAUGAAGAAUGUCAUUCUGUCACGAAAUAUGGAAAUUCCUCUAAGUUUAUAUCUUCCGAAACUAUUAUAUUUCGUUCUAUACACCCCAUUAACACGUAUUCUUGUAAAUGUCCACCCGGGUUUACAGGCAUGAAUCAUAAAUACGAAUGUGAUACAGAAGUUAAUUUGUGCUAUUCGAGUCCGUGUGAAAACGGUGGAAGAUGUCAACAGAAAGAAAACGGUUUCACUUGUAUAUGUGAAAACGGAUAUAUAGGUGAGCGAUGUGAGACGAAUGUUUUUAAAGGGCGCUGCUCACCAAAUGUCUGUCACGGCGAUUCUUACUGCUUAAAUCGUAAAGACGGAGGUUUUGAAUGUUUGAAUUGUACCUAUGACGAAUUGUGGAGAACGCCUUUAUGUCAGUUAAAAUCCAGAAGUUUUCUUAAAGAUUCAUAUUUGAUGUUUCCAGCUUUAAAUCGUCGCCAUCGUUUCCAUAUAAAACUGAAAUUUGCAACUCGUGAAACUAAUGGUCUUUUAAUAUAUAAUGGACGUUACAAUGAAGAACAUGACUUCAUAGCUCUAGAAAUUAUCAAUUCUCAAAUAUGGUUUUCUUUUUCUGUUGGUUCUAACAUCAGUAAAGUUAAUGUAGAUAUACCUCACGGAAUCAGUGACGGUCUUUGGCACGAAGUUGAAUUAAUAUAUUUAAACAGGACUAUAACAUUAAUUGUUGAUAACUGCGACAAAGCUUUAUCAUUGCAAUUUGGAAAAAUGUUGGGAAAUUAUGAUUGCGCAAACUUUACAACAUUUAAUUUAGAAGAAAGAUGUGUAGACACAAUGCAAACUUGUUAUCGAUUUUUAGAUCUCACGGGACCUUUAUUAAUUGGAGGCCUCCCGUCAUCACUCAAUUGUUUACAUAACAUUGAAAGACAUUUUGUCGGAUGUAUCUCUGAUGUGUAUAUUGAUCACAAACUAUUAGAUCUGGAUGGUUUCAUAAGUGUUAAUGGUACAGAAACAGGCUGCAAAAAGAAAGAAAAUUUUUGUAAAUCAGAUCCCUGUCAUAAUAGUGGCAUAUGUGAAGAUGGUUGGGAUUCAUUUAUAUGUCAUUGCAAACCUGGUUUUAUAGGAAAAGAUUGUGGAAAAGUGGAAAAUAUUAUUAAACAGUUUUCGGGAAAAGGAUUCCUUGUUUAUAUUCCUCGUUUGCAUCCAAUUCAACUUCCUUGGUCCGUAGGAUUAUCAUUUAGAAGUAGAAAAAAGAAUGGUUUACUUUUACAAAUUCAACUCGGUGCUAAUAGUCAAGUUAAAUUAGAAAUAACAAAAAGUAUUCUUCGAUAUUCUUUUAAUAAUGAGAGUAUGGAAAUAGAUAGCAUUAAAGUUAAUGAUGGAAAAUGGCACAAUGUUGAUGCAAUUUGGACAGCAAAGUACAUUGAGUUAAACUUAGACUAUGAUCAAUUUAAGAUGCAAAAGGAAUUCAAGGGUAAUGUCAAAUCACUUUACGUUGGAAAAAUUUCAAUUGGCGGAUUAGAAAUGUUAGAUAGAAAACAAACCACAAUAAAUUUUGAUGGAUGUAUAAAAGAUGUGCAUGUUGGAAGUAUUACUGAUUCAUUGAUCCACCCUGUUAUAGAAAAUAAUAUAGUUGAAGGAUGCUAUGCACCAGAUGUAUGCAAUCCAAAUCCAUGUCCUCUUAAUAGCUAUUGUGUUGAUUUAUGGAAUAAUUACACUUGCAAAUGCAAACCAGGUUAUAUUGGUGAAAAAUGUCAAUCAGUAUGUAGUUUAAACCCAUGUUUGAAUGGUGGUACAUGUAUAUUUAUGAGUAAUAAAGAUAACAUUGGAUACAGAUGCUCUUGCAAUUCAGCAUAUUCUGGAAAAUAUUGUGAAAUAUUAUUGAAUCAUACAUGCCCUUCUAUGUGGUGGGGAAGUCCUAUCUGUGGUCCUUGUAACUGCAAUACUGCUAAAGGAUAUGAUGCAAACUGUAAUAAAACUACAGGAGAAUGUGUUUGUGAGGAGAAUCAUUAUAAGCCAGAAAACAGUGAUAUUUGCAUUCCAUGUAAUUGUUAUAUGACAGGAUCAUAUAACAAUCGAUGCAAUUACCAAACAGGACAAUGCCAUUGCAGGCCUGGAGUUAUUGGAAAACAUUGUGAUUUAUGCUCAAGCCCAUUUGCUGAAGUUACAUUACGUGGAUGUGAAGUGAUAUACAAUGGAUGUCCUAAAUCAUUUAGUAAUAAUAUUUGGUGGAACAGAACUCCCUUUGAUCAAACAACGGUACAGCCAUGUCCGAAUGGUGCAAUUGGUAAUGUAAUGAGACAUUGCAGUCUAAGAAGAGGAUGGGAAGAACCAAAUAUUUUUGAAUGUACAUCAAAGUUAUUGCUACCACUCAGAAAAAUUUUAUCCAAUAUUGAAGAUAGAAAAAUAACUUUAAAUUCAAGUGUAAUUGGCGAUAUUAUGGAAAAAAUGACCAUUAUCCAUGAAUUACAAAAUGUUUUAUUUGGAAAUGAUAUUUUUAUCAUUUUUCAAUUACUUCAUUAUAUUAUAAAUUAUGAACUUCAAGUGGAAAAGCAAAAUUUAUUGUUUUAUCAUGAUAAUGACUUUAUUCAUAGUAUUGUAUUAACUUCAGGCAGCAUUUUAAGUCUUCACUACUUAUCUCAAUGGAAACAAAUAUCAGAAUUAACAGGAAGAGGUCCAGAAUAUUUAUUAGACUUAUUAGAAAAAUAUUUAAUGGUGAUAAGUAAGCCCGAUGAUGAAAAUGUGAUUUCACCUUUUGAAAUUGUCACUGAUAAUUUAAUUCUUGGUAUAGACACAAUUGAAACUAUGGUAUAUCUCAGUCAGUUUCAGAAGAAUAAUUCGCAUCAUCUUUCAAGUUUACCUUUCCUUGAUUUUACGUUGUCAUCAAAAGCUCCUUCAAUUAUAUUGCCUAAGUAUAACAAUUAUCCUAAUCAGAAAAAAAUAAAAGGAGACACAACUAAAGUCUUUAUACCAUUAAAACUUAUUGAAUCAAAAAUUCCAAAAGCUAAACAGAAAUAUAUUAAAUCUUGUAAUUUGCUGAAAAACUGUGCAAUAGUUUCAUACAUUAUUUAUCCUACUAUAGGAAAAUUAUUGCCUUCCUUCUAUGAUAAUUCCAUGAGAAAAUUUGAUGGAAAAAUAAUUGAAAUAAAUUCUGAUGUAUUUACUUUAAUCCUACCUACUGUAAAUAAUUCUGUCCACAAAUCUUUAUCAGAAAAUAUACAGUUUCAGUUUCAAAUGUUGCAUCCUAAUUAUCACGGUGAUAUUAGAUGCGUAUAUUGGAAAAACAAUGAAGGCGAAAGAGGAGUAUGGUCAUCAGAUGGAUGUACUGUUGUUGGUCAAAUGUAUGAUGGUUUGCAAAGUUUUGUUAAUUGCUCAUGCAAUCAUUUAAGCAGUUUUGGUCUUCUAAUGGAUAUAUUGCCAAAAACCAAAUUAGUAAUGGAGUCUGGAUCUCAGGGUGCAUUCUCAUAUUUUGGAAUAUUACUCUCCCUUAUUAUGCUAUUGACAACAUUAACAGUUUUCUGUCUGCUACAAGGCAAUGAAACUAAUAGCAAUACAAUUCAUAAAAAUUUAGUUUCAAGUAUAUUUGUUGCUGAUUUAAUAUUUUUGAUUGCAUUAAAAACCCAAGGUAAUCAUUCCUAUCAAGGGUUUACAUGCAAGAUGAUGGCUAUUCUUUUACAUUACUUUUUCUUGUCUGAAUUCUGUUGGAUAUUUGUUGAAAGUUUGCAUCUUUAUCGUAUGUUAACUGAAAUGCAGUAUAUAAAUAAUGGUCAGAUGAGAAUAUAUUAUUUUAUUGGAUAUGGUGUACCUUCUAUCAUUGUUGGAUUAGCUGUUGGACUCCAUGCUGAUCAAUAUGGAAAUGAUAUUUUGUAA